GCCUAAUACUUGCAGAGGAAUGUCUCCAGUCUCUACUGUAAGUUACACUGGUACAGUCUGUAACUUCGUGAACUCAGCCCGAAAAACAAAAAGGCUCCCUCCAAAAAAAUUCCAAACCACCAAAAACCAAAUCCCCGCCCAACCCAAAGCCGAAACCUUUCUCUUCUCUUCCGCUCUCCACUUUCCACUUACUUCCCAUUGAAGCCAACCCAGCCUCCAAUCGCCCUCGCUCGAGACCCGUCCCCUCGGAGUUCCACAUGACCGAGUCCGCAUCCUCCGAACCAGAACCGCCGUCCCCUAAGCCCCGCGCCGCCGCCGCCGGCAACGGAAUGAGGCUCGUCGUCCCUCUCCAGGGCGUCGUCCAGGGCAGGGGAGGCCUCAUCUUGGGCUCCCUCAUUCCUUGCGCUCUCUUCUACUUCUUCCAGCUCUACCUCAAGCGCCACCGCUCGCCCAAGCGGCCGCCGGCUUCCUCCUCGAACCCUCCGUCGCCAUCCGCUUCGUCUCCGAACCACGGGGAUUUGGCCCGAACCUCCUCGCGCUCCAAUUUGCUCGGCCGCGGGUCGAUCGGGCCCGUGCAAUUGUCGUCUCGUGGGAUGGCGAUUGCCAAACCCAAUGACUCGCCGUACUACGUCGGGUUGGAGAAGGUCGCUGGGGAUCCGUUUCAUCGGGUGGAUAAUCCGGAUGGGAAAAUUCAGCUUGGAUUCUCUGAGAAUACUUUGUGUUUCGAUUUGAUUGAGAGAUGGAUGAAGGAAAAUUUGAUGGACUCGCUAAUGGGUGGUGAUGGUGCUGAAUUGAGUAUCAAUGGCAUGGCCACUUACCAACCAUUUGAUGGGUUGAUGGAGCUGAAAGUGGCUAUGGCAGAUUUCAUGUCUCGGGUAAUGGGGAAAGGGGUUUCAUUUGAUCCAUCGCAAAUGGUAUUGAUGGCUGGUGCGGCUCCUGCAAUUGAAAUACUAACCUUCUGCUUGGCGGAUCUUGGAAAUGCAUUUCUCAUUCCCACCCCAUACUAUCCUGGAUUUGACAGGGAUAUCAAAUUUCGAACAGGAGUGGAGUUAAUACCGGUCCACUGCCGCAGUGCAGAUAACUUCAUGUUGACGGUCACUGCUCUUGAUCAAGCUUACAAUCAGGCAAGGAAGCGGGGCCUGAAAGUCCGAGGGAUCUUAAUUUCAAACCCUUCAAACCCCGUUGGCAAUAUACUGUCACGAGAGACGCUCUAUGAGUUACUGGACUUUGCACAGGAGAAGAAUAUCCACAUUAUAUCCGAUGAGAUAUUUGCUGGGUCUCUCUAUGGAACGACUAAGGAAUUCGUGAGCAUGGCAGAAAUUAUUGAAGCAGAAGAAUUUGAUAAGAGCAGGGUUCAUAUUAUAUAUGGGCUGUCAAAGGACCUUUCUCUCCCAGGAUUCAGGGUUGGGGUUGUCUAUUCCUACAAUGAAAAUAUCUUGGCUGCUGCAAAAAGGCUUGCUAGGUUCUCUUCCAUCUCUGCUCCAACUCAGAGGCUUUUGAUCUCAAUGCUUUCAGAUACCAAGUUUAUCGAGGAAUAUAUCGAAACCAAUAGAAGGAGGAUUCGGCGGAUGUAUGACCUAUUUGUUGGUGGUCUUGACCAGUUAGGAAUCCAGUGUGCAAAGAGCAGUGGUGGUUUAUACUGCUGGGCCAAUAUGAGCGUUCUAAUAGCUUUGUAUAGUGAGAAAGGGGAACUCGAAUUAUGGGAUAAGCUGUUGAAUGUUGGUAAAGUCAAUGUAACUCCUGGUUCAGCCUGCCAUUGUAUAGAACCUGGAUGGUUCAGGUGUUGUUUUGCAGCUCUAGCUGAAGAAGAUGUUCCACUUGUCAUGGAACGGAUUGGGAAAGUUGCUGAAAUGUGUAAAUCUGGACAAUGAAAUAGGAUAUUUUGCCUCAUACUACUCAUUUUGAGGUUUCUUCUGCUCUUUAUGGGACCCAACCUUCAAGAUCUUUCGUAGAUUCAUCCAAGGGAAUAAUAGAUAGAAGUUUACAACAAAUUCGUACUUGGAAUAACAGGACUUAUGACUUGCAUCAAGAAGCAGUAUACUCCUGAAGGUUGUACUUUUUUCUUUGCAUGCUUUGACAGGAAUUGGAAACUCACUAGCAGUAUGAAAUAUGGAAACCGAAACUUAAAAGGAGAUUCCUUGAGUAAGUCCCCAUGGAGAACUGAAUGCAGGCUUCUCAGGAGCACCGGUUCAAAAGACGCAGCAUUUGAAAGGUUGCCCCUUGAUGAGUUCCUGCACCAAAAUUGUUAUGUCAGGCAAGUGCACUAGUUCUUUUCAAUUCCUAGACUAACUUAAUACAUCUUAAUAUUUGCUUGUUGUAGCAAGAGAAUUGGUAUAUAUAUGAUAAUGGAAAUGGAAGCAAGCUGAAGAGAUUUACUUACCAUUGAUGGAUUCUGUAGCCUCAUUUGAGCUGCUUUCCUCUGAACACUCCUCCUUCUGCUCAUCAUUAUCAGUUCUCCAAGUGUUGGCGGCUUCCUUAUUACAAGUGCCCCAUCACUACUUCCUUGAUCUACCAAAUCUCUGCCGGUGAGCUCCAGCAGUGGAGUGGAAGAGCCGUUCUUCGGAUCUGUAUCCUCCUCACGAGACCCAGAAGCUGCUUUAUAUAAUGGAAACAAACAUUCCAAGAACGAAGAUCCCACAAGGCUUGAUCUCCCAGUUGCAUAGCUACUGGUGCUGCUGUCGCUUUCAUAAUCUGGCGAUGCUAGUGUUUCCCACUGCUCAUCCAUCGAGAAAGCGCUGUCGAUGACUGGAACAGCAGCAGAAACUGCCGCUGAUGACAUCAGGCAAUUCCCCAACAGAGAUGGCGGUGAUCUCAGGUACCAGUCAUCAUCAACAUCCCUAGUUUCUGCUUCUGAGUACAUCAGAGCUGGUGGUAAAGGAAGCACCUUUACUUGCGAAGCAAGGUUCCCCUCAUCGACUGAUGAUGGCUGUGAGAAACGGGACAGUGGAGUUCCGGGCCUUUCUUCCCAUUUAAAGGGAACCGAAGCAACGAGCUUGACUGGCGGCAAUGAUGGAAGUGGUGUGACCUCAGGAGGAGCAACUUCAGGCUUCCAGUCCUUCUUGGUUAUUCCUGGCCUAUCUUCCCAGAGAAAUGGAACUGAUGGUGGCUCCCUGAUACGCCUUCUCUUCGAAUGCCCUAUGGCCUCUUUCGAUUCCAUUUUCGGAGUGUAAUGGGAGCCCAAUUCAUUGUGGUCUAGAAAUAUUUCUUCUUCUUUCAGCUUUAUAGAGUCACCAUUAGUGGGUUAGGCACGCUUCCAAAUUUACUGAAUGAGUGCUUGUUUAACUGAACCACCUCUCUGGUUCUGAGUUUUAGCUUACCUGCUUUCUUUGUGAAGUUGGUG